AUGGACUUGGCGCGCCUCUGGCUAGGGCUGCUGCUGCCCUUGGUAGCUGCCCUGGAUUUCAACUACCACCACCAGGAAGCGAUGGAAGCGUUUUUGAAGACGGUUGCUCAAAACUACAGUUCGAUCACUCACUUACACAGUAUUGGGAAAUCUGUGAAAGGUAGAAACCUGUGGGUUCUUGUUGUGGGGCGGUCUCCAAAGGAACACAGAAUCGGGACUCCGGAGUUCAAGUACGUGGCCAAUAUGCAUGGAGAUGAGACUGUUGGGCGGGAACUGCUGCUCCAUUUGAUCGAACAUCUGGUAACCCACGAUGGGAGGGACCCUGAAAUCACAAAUCUGAUCAACACUACCCGGAUACACAUUAUGCCCUCAAUGAACCCCGAUGGAUUCGAAGCUGUCCAGAAGCCUGACUGUUACUACAGUGAGGGAAGGGAAAAUUAUAACCACUAUGACCUGAACAGGAAUUUCCCAGAUGCGUUUGAAUUCAAUAAUGUAUCAAGACAGCCGGAAACGGAGGCAGUCAUGAAGUGGCUAAAAACGGAGACGUUUGUCCUCUCUGCAAACCUCCACGGCGGUGCCCUGGUGGCCAGUUAUCCGUUCGAUAAUGGUGUUCCAGCAACUGGGACAUUACACUCCCGUAGCUUAACCCCCGAUGAUGAUGUUUUUCAAUAUCUGGCACAUACCUAUGCUUCAAGAAAUCCCAACAUGAAGAAAGGCGAUCAAUGUAAAAACAACAUGAAAUUUCCCAAUGGAGUUACAAAUGGGUACUCUUGGUACCCGCUCUUAGGUGGAAUGCAAGAUUACAACUACAUCUGGGCCCAGUGUUUUGAAAUUACAUUGGAGCUGUCCUGCUGUAAAUACCCUCGUGAGGAGAAGCUUCCACUCUUCUGGAAUGACAACAAAGCCUCAUUAAUUGAAUACAUAAAACAGGUGCACAUAGGUGUAAAGGGUCAAGUUUUUGAUCACAACAGAAACCCCUUACCCAAUGUGAUUGUGGAAGUCCAAGAUAGGACUCAUAUCUGCCCCUAUAGAACCAACAGAUUUGGAGAGUAUUAUCUACUUCUUUUACCUGGGUCUUAUGUGAUAAAUGUUACCGCCCCUGGACACGAGCCCCACCUCACAAAGGUGACUAUUCCAGAGAAUUCCCAGAGCUCCAGUGCUCUGAAAAAGGAUAUUCUACUUCCAGACGGAGGGCAUUUGGACCAUGUCCCGGUAGUCAGUCUCUCCUGCCCUAUGGCUCCUCUCUACCGAAAUCUGCCAAGCCGGUCAGCAGCCACAAAGCCUAGCUUGUUCUUCUUCUUGGUGACUGUCUUGCACCUAUUUCUCAAAUAAAGCAACACGUGAAACGCGACCCACGGCACCACCUGGAAGCAGGGAUGACUCGAGCCAGGUCGCGGCAACUCUAACCUCCUCGGCAGGACAAAUUCUACCGACGGCCCCAAGGUGAUGAGUGGUUGUUUCUACAAUACGCAACGAGUGAUGGUGACAGAAGGAAUGAUGUGGCCUUGGUGCUGAAGGGAAGAUGCUUACCUGCCAGGGACUGCCCACUUACAGUGGAAUUCAAAGAUCGUCAAAAGUAAAAUGUGGGAAGCAAAAAGACAAAUACUCAUUAAAGGGGGGGGCCUUGUUUUCUUUGGCCCUCUCCCCUGGGACCCGGCUCCUGCGCCUGCUCAGCCAUGUCUCGGUCUUCCUGGCCUCAGGUCACCACGUGAGGGUGAGCAGUCCCACAAGGUUGCCCGUGUUCAGUGGUGAGCCCUAGUGUGGCUUACGUGUGGUUUGGCACCCUUUCCUGAAAUAGAGUGUACUCUGUUGAGACAGUAAAACCUGAAACUUCUUCUGUCCUUUAUAAAAAUCCAUUUGAAUCACACACAAGAAAGAAAGAAAGAGAGAGAGAUAAGAAAGGGCCAGAGAACCAGAUGACAAUAAGCAAUAAAGAUGACCACUGGUGUGUCACUUAGUAUACACAAAACCUUGCAGAAGGCUGUGUAUGGAGAGGAAGUAUGUGCCAUCUCUGUAAUCAGUUGUCAGUGUACUUCAGACUUGUAGAGGGGGGCAUACUUUCAUUUUGCAAACCGUCUAAGGAAAUGUGGGAGACAUUGGGCACCCAUAUCUUAGUUGUCCAAGAAGCUAUGGGUCUGGUGGGAUGACAGGGUCGUAGCUGUAGUGGUAGGGCAGCACAUCAUCAGGCCCCUGCAAUGAGUCUCUCUCCCACCAGCAGCAGUUGUCUUGCCCUCUGUUGGGGUGACGACUUCCAACGUGUAACUCUGGGCUCCCCUCAACUUGUCAGCCUCACAUCUGCCUGUCCUCGGGCCAUCCACCGGGAUACCAACCACGUGGUCAUUAGUGGUCACUGAUCGACUCUUGGCAACCCCAUACACAUGAGAUCUGACAGUUUCAUAAUCCAUCGCGUUCUCCUUGGCCGAGUUUCCGAAGUCGAUUGCCAGUCCUUUCUUCCUAGUCUGCCUUACUCUGGAAGCUGUGCUAAAAUCUGUUCUACAACACAGCAACACGCAGGCCUCCACUCACAGCCAGGUGGUGGCUGCCCCUAAGGGGUAUUGGUCAUGAAUCAAAUCUGAAUCUCACAUGGGAGUCAAGAAUUCCACCAGUGAGCCAACACUGCCCCAUGGGUACCUCAACGCUCAUGGUAGCAAUGGGACCCACCUCUCUCAAGAACUACCCUUCCCCUACAGUCUCUGUCUCAAUCAGUGUUGCCACCAAGCUGGAAACCAGCCCUGAGGCUUCUUCCUUCCUCACCCCAUCGUGAGUCCAGUCAGUCAUUGAAGGCUGAUGGUAAUUCUAAACAGACGGACUCAAGCCUUUUCCUCUGUGGCGGUUAGAACUACCACCUGUAGGCCAUCACAUCUCACCUGCACCACUGUAGCAGCCUUACUGAUUGGCCUCUUGUUCCUGCACUUACCUGCUUCACAGCAUGGGGGAGAGAGGCCCAUUGAACCCGGAAAAUGGCAAUCAAUCAGCUCGUUUAGUCCUUGCCCACAGAGCCCCCUCUGGAAUGCCACCCCGACUGCUACAGUUGUUCCCCAUUCCUUCUUUAAAACUCAGCGCAGGUAUCACCGCCUCCAGGAAGCCUUUGCUGAAGCCAUUCCAUUGCACCCAAUAACUCAGUAACUCUGGGCUACGGCCCUUCCUCUGUGCUCCCCCAAAUAAGCCUUUAUUUCUAUAGUUAAAUGGAUGACACUCUUAUUGCUCUUACUGAUGACACUUUUAUUUCUAUAGUUAAAUUGAUGACAGCUGCUCCCAACUGUGCCUCCCUGGAGUAGAACAUGAGCUCUCUGAGACCAGGGGCUGUUUAAUGUUUGACAUGAACAUUCAUUUUUAUAUUCUCAAAACCUCACACAUAUUGACAUCCCCAGAGUCAAGCCUUGCACGUAAUGAGUGAGUGGACGGAUACACAUUUCCAACAACCCGCUACUCCCAGUCCCUCCCAGAAAUGGCAUAGAACUGAGAGUCAGUCCACACCCUAGGUUCCCUGCUGUGCCAAGCUCCCGUGCACGAGUAACCAACCCUCCGGAGGGUUUUCAUAUUUGCACCCAGAGGACAGUGCUUUCACUGCACUCUGCAUUCAGCCUAAGGGUCACAGUGAAGCUCUCCUAGGACCUGUGCAAAGCACAUAAGGCUGGGUUAUUUUAAUUGGAACACAAAAAUUUGCCAUUGGGACUCAAAGCAGCAGCUCUCUACUAUAACCUACCCUAAAACAUCAUUCAUAGGAAAAACGUCUGUAAGUGGAGGAAGCAUCAGACGACAAUAGAGAACUCUGGUCAGCAGAUAUCGAAGUGCAGGCAUCACUAAUGGCAAGUGAGUCUUCAGUUCUUAUUGUCAGUGGAAAGUUCACUGGGAUCUGCAAACACUCAUUCUGGACUCAAGAAACACCAAGGAAUGGG